AUGCGUCCGGCAAGCAAAACCAACGAGUUCGUUCAGGAAUCUUAUGCUUUCAAAUCCAGUGAUAUGCGUCAAAAGUCAUGCGAGAACUCUCGUUCUAUCAGUAGCACGUUUUCACACGAAGAAGAAAGUAGCACUAACUCUAGCAGUACACCUAAUCCUACUAGUAAUAGUUCUAAAGGAUCCGAUAAUAUAUUAGAACAUGCUAAGACUGUUCAAGUUGGAAUGGCAGAUUAA